AUGUAUUCAAAUCCAGAUGAAGCUAAUAAGUUGACAUGGCAUAAAUUCGGGCAAAAGAAUGAUGGGUUACUUAGACAUCCAGCCGAUUCUCUUCAGUGGAGACUUGUCGAUGAGAAAUGGAGUGAUUUCGGUCGAGAAGAACGAAACUUAUGCCUUGCAAUGUCUACAGAUGGUAUGAAUCCAUACGGCUCUCUCAGUAGCCGCCAUAGUACUUGGCCAGUUAUGUUGGCCAUUUACAACUUGCCCCCCUCCUUGUGCAUGAAAAGAAAAUACAUUAUACUCUCAUUGAUAAUUCCUGGACCAACACAACCAGGAAAUGAUAUUUGUGUGUACUUAGCACCUCUUAUUGAUGAUUUGUUAUUGUUGUGUGAAAGUGGAGUUGAAGUGUUUGAUGCUAAUCGAAAGGAAACUUCCAAUUUAAGAGCAUUGUUGUUCUGCACAAUACAAAAUUUUCCUGCAUAUGGUAAUCUUUCGGGGUAUAGUGUAAAAGGAACAGCCCCUUGUCCUAUAUGUGAAGACAAUUGGAAGGGAGAGUAUAUGAAAGGAUCUCAUAAGACAGUGUACUUUGACCAUCGUCCAUUUCUUCCAUGUGAUCACUGCUAUCGUAGAAUGAAAAAGGCUUUUAAUGGGAAACAAGAGUUUAAUUGCCAGCCACAUGUCUCUACCGGCCUUAAAGUGUAUGAAAGGGUAAAAGACAUUCAAACUACGUUUGGCAAGUUGAAGAAAAAUAGAAACGCCCUUCCCAAACAGGGUUAUAAGAAGUGUUCAGAGUUUUGGCGUCUUUCAUAUUGGAAACAUUUGUUUGUGCGACAUUGUCUAGAAAAGGCAGAACUUUGUGCAUCUUUAGCUGGGGUAAAAGUGCCUGAGGGCUUUUCUUCUAAUAUCUCUUCUCUAGUUUCAAUGCAAAAUCUGAAACUUGUGGGUUUUAAGUCUCAUGACUGUCAUGUUUUGAUGCAAUAUCUUUUGCCUGUUGCUAUUCGUUCCAUUUUGCCAAAAAACGUGCGAUAUUCCAUUAUUAGAUUAUGUUCAUUCUUUAAUGCAAUAUACAGCAAAGUCUUCAGACCAAGCGAUUUGGAUUCUAUGGAAACAGAAAUUGUUGUUAUUUUGUGUCAGCUUGAGAUGUAUUUUCCACCCGCCUUUUUUGAUAUCAUGGUUCAUCUCCCUAUUCACUUGGUGAGAGAGAUUAAAUAUUGUGGUCCGGUGCAUAUGAGGAGUUCAUGGCCUUUUAAAAGGCAAAUGAAAACUUAUAAAGAUUAUGUUAAGAAUUUUUCUCGUCCAGAAGCUUGUAUCGCGGAGAGAAUGGUUUAUGAAUUAGCUAUUGAAUUUAGCAUGGAUCUUCUAGGAGAUAUGAAGACCAUAGGGGUUCCUAAAUCUCGACAUUGUGGCUGA